AAGGAUGAAUGAAAGAUAUUGCUGAUAAUGAUAUAUGCCCUGCUUGUUAUUUUACCUUCUUUUGGUCAUGCCUUGUUUGGUUUAGGCUCUUUUUGGGUUUGGGCAAUCAGCUGAUAUUACCAUAAAGUUGGAUGACGAAGAGACACGAAAAACUGCGAAAAUACGCGGCGAAGAUGGGCAACAGGAGACCCAUUACUUGUUCUACGAUCGCGAAACUAUUUCCGGCACUGUAAAUGUUGCUCUAAAGAAAGCCAAUCAGAAACUUGAGCAUCAGGGCAUAAGGAUUGAAUUUAUCGGACAAAUAGAGGUUUACUACGAUCGUGGCAAUCAACAGGAUUUCAUAUCGUUAACAAAAGAUUUGGCACGACCCGGCGAACUCACGCAGAAUUCCUCGUUGAGAGUGACUAUCGUUCGCCGGAUAACGGAUAUCACAAGAGAGAUGGAUCUAAUCGUUCAUUCCCUUAGUAGUUACCCGGACGCUGAUGUGAAUCUGAAGAUGGAUACAGAUCCAGUUGCUAAGUUCGAGAUCAUGGAUGGUGCGCCUGUAAGAGGCGAAUCCAUUCCAAUACGUCUGUUUCUUGCUGGUCACGAUCUAGCACCUACAAUGCGUGAUGUGAGCAAGAAAUUUUCCGUCCGAUAUCUGUUGAACUUGGUCCUAGUUGAUGAGGAGGAUCGACGGUAUUUCAAGCAACGAGAAGUUACGCUGUGGCGCAAGGCUGACAAGCCAGUCAGGAAGAUCUUCGAACCUGCAACAGUGGACGCUAGUACUAAUGGGUUAGAAGAUACUGCUAAGGCGAAUGUUGCCGGAGAUCAUGCGAAUGGCCGAGACGUGACUGCAGAUGAUGAACAGUGAAGCGGAUAUCUUUUUGCAUUUACUUGUGUUUCCUUUCACCAUUUCAUAUCGUUUUUCAAAUUGAGACCGUGUUCUAACUCACGAAACUUUCAGUCACUCGACCAUAAUCGCGCUAGUUUCUACGAAAAACAUGGGUUUAUCUUAGCAUUUGGAAAAAACUUUGAAACCAUUUGUUACCGG